CAGAUAACACCCGAAACAUUAAAGGUGGUUGAAGGAAAUUGCCGCAAAAUAACAAACGAGACUUGUGUCAGACUCUGUAUAUUGGAGAAAUUAGGAGUUAUAGAUGAGCGCGGAUGGUACGCGGAGAGUAAAGGGACAGAAUUCAUAAAGAGUAUAUUUCCUACCGAUAUAAUAAUAGACAACCAAGAAUCGAUUAUUCGGCAAAUAGCUCAGACAUGCGACAGGGUAAACCAACAUGUCAGUCAUGAUUGUAAUCGAGGUGAAGAAGUGGCCAAGUGCUUAUAUGAAGAAAUGGAUAAGGUACUACAGAAAAACGACGACGGGAACGAGAUGGAGCCCGAAAAGGAAAUUGCGAUAACACCCGAAACAUUAAAGGUGGUUGAAGGAAAUUGCCGCAAAAUAACAAACGAGACUUGUGUCAGACUCUGUAUAUUGGAGAAAUUAGGAGUUAUAGAUGAGCGCGGAUGGUACGCGGAGAGUAAAGGGACAGAAUUCAUAAAGAGUAUAUUUCCUACCGAUAUAAUAAUAGACAACCAAGAAUCGAUUAUUCGGCAAAUAGCUCAGACAUGCGACAGGGUAAACCAACAUGUCAGUCAUGAUUGUAAUCGAGGUGAAGAAGUGGCCAAGUGCUUAUAUGAAGAAAUGGAUAAGGUACUACAGAAAAACGACGACGGGAACGAGAUGGAGCCCGAAAAGGAAAUUGAGGUAAUGGUUUGGAAAUAA